AUGAUCCUAAACCUCCCCCCUGAAUUGAUUCAGCUCGUCCUUCAAAAUUGCAGCACGCAUGCUUUUUUGGAGGUGGCUUUCUCCUGUCGGACUGUCUAUGAAGUCGCCUCCACUUGCCGGGAGGUUCUUCUGCACCACCUGCAGCGGACACCGGGAACUCCCAGCCAGGACAUCCAGUCUCUCAGCUCGAAACAACUCUUCCGAUUAUUAAUCAAGUAUGCAUUUCGACAACUAUAUGGUGCGCAAUAUCAUGCGAAUCGUGUGAUAUUCGAUUUCGGAAACGAUGUUCUUGAUGCCGGAGCUUCCACGUCUGCCGGGUUUGACCACCGCCAAAUCCUCGCUCUUGUCACUCGUGGUCGGGGGAAGGUCCAUCUCUUUCACAUUGGAAGUGGUCAGCUCCGACCAGAAGGUAUAAUUAUUCCACCGUGUGACCAGCUGGGAGCGAUAGAAGUUCUCAAAACAGCCUUCGAUGGAGAAGGUGCGCUUUAUGUCCUUCAUCGGUUCAUGCCUGCAGCGGAUGAAAAGGAUACGAAUGUAAAUCAUCCAUUUAUCAGAGAAGCCAUGCGGUCCAACGCCAAUGGAAUGCUGUACCUCUCCCGUCACUCUCUCAGGACUCCAGAGGAGCCUGUCCGAAUGUGUGCUUUCCCUGACCAUGCAAACUAUGAGCCUCUAGCGCUUGCGGCUGCGCACAGGGGCAGCUUUGCCAUCUCCUGGCGGCAUAUUCACGAUUGUAGCGAACACGAAGUGGUGAUUUACACUUCAUUCAUCGAGGUAAACAGAUCUGAGAAGUCAGGGGCCAUCGAAUUUAGCUACAGUCCUUGCGUUCUUUUGGACGGGAGGAGACAGCAACUUGAAGAAGACAGGAGUCUCCAGUCCAGAUUGACUCGGAGCCGUUACCUUCAUGAGAAAGGUCCUGUAGUGGGACUUGCAUUCAAUGACAGAUCCAGCCAACUGCUCUAUCGUCACCGCGCACAAACUUUGUACGGUUCGUUUCAAAGAAUUGAUACGUCUUUUUUCCCAAUCCGGCCUACAUUGUACGAGAAUUCUUGCCCCGUGCAGCUUACAAAUUCAUUGUCUCUGCUAUUUUGCGUUGGAAUACCCUUCUAUGGAACACAUGAAACCCGGCUCCAAGAUGGCUUCGCCAGGUGCCACUGGAAAUACCUUUCUUUUGGGAUAGCCACCCACCGCGAAGAAGACUGGACUGUCGCUUGCCUCAUGAGAUCCAGUGCGAUUUGUCGGGCCAGUAACUGUGAGCAUGUACUACAUCUCGAGCGCGGGCGGCGGUUGACGGAUUGGACAAUCGUGGGUCGUCUUUGGGGCUUCCAGAACUCAAACACUUCCCUCGGCUGCAUAGUUGUUGCGUCCAGAUUAGGGACAAGGAUUGCUGUCGCAGACUGGAAAACUGUUUAUGUCUGGGCGUUGGAGCCGAACGCGCUGAUAGAACAGAAUACAACCGGAUUCUACCCACCUUCGUUCUGGCCAACAAGCUCUGAAGUGAUUGAGUUGCGACCAAUAGUACUAUCCCUCGACGCUGUCUGCUUUCAGCUGUACUUCGGUCAGGAUGAAAACGAACUGAUCGCCAUUACAGACAGAGGUCUGAUGUACUGUAAUCUCAGCCCGUCUGGGGGCGGAUACAGAAUGACCCAUCGACUGAGCUUUGGAACUCACCCUGACUUGGGAUAAUAUGGCGGGAGGGGGGAUAGGAAAAAAACAAAUAAAUGGAACAGGUUAUGAUACCCCAGAACGGUUAGGAAUUAUGUGACAUCAGCCAUUGUCCACCUUCAAUCAUGAAAAUAAAAAAUAAUUUGUGCAACCAUGACAGUCUCAUUCGGAUACUGAGCGGAGGACAACACGACCGACUGCGAAAUAGUACCAUAAUCGUACGAUAUAACUCUUGGCACGUGGCUAUCUCUCACCCCCUUACCUUAAGUAUAGACAUGGCCGCCCAUUACCCAAAGGAUGGCCUAUCUCGAAAGCCGUUGAGUUGGAUGGAGGCUAUGAGCAGGCACAGAAUAAGGGGAAUUCCGUUUGAUGUUCUGUUCUGGAUUGGUCGCCUUGUUACUUUCUUGACGUUUUUAAGGCGCAUAAAAUCUGCAGAAACAUAUACAAAAGACAGAUAGGACUUAUAGUCCCACAUAACCUGCUUGCUAAUAGUUGAUAUUAAAAGGUGUUUAUC